GCUGGACAACAGGCGCAGCCGGGGCAGCUAAAAGGUCCUUCCUCACUGUGAGCGUCCAUGCUGCUUGAUACAUGUGAGAGAUUCCUAAUUUCUUACACAGCAAACCUUGUGAGUAUAUAUACACAGUAUACACCUCCCAUAUACCCUCACUGACACAGCACACAGGCAUACAUACAGACACCCCCACAGGAUUUAUAGAGGGACCAGGGGGGAGGGGGGGCUAGUCUCUAAACAGUGAAUUGUAAAAUAUACAGGUUUAUUUACUAAAGUGAGAAUUCAAAGCGAAUUUCUAAUUAAAGGUAAAGUUGGCCAAACUGCACAAGCCCUCUAAGUCAGCUCUGCUUUCAGUUCUGAUACUAUGGCUUUAAAUUUGAAAUUCACUUUAAUUUCUCACUGCAGUGAAUAGCCAGCAAGCAGCUGCGUAUCCGUAGUCUGUAGUGGAGGAGGGGAGUGGUGUCUCAGAAGCGGAGUAAGCAGUCAAACCGUUCGUGUAUGUUUUGAUUGCUGUCAUUAGAAGCGCCAGGGCUUUUUGGGCACAAUAACCGCUACAGCGCACUGCCAUCGUUAUAAUGAUAGUUUUCCUUUAGUUUUGUUUUUCAGACAUUUGUUUAAUGUAAUGGAAUAAAUAAACAGAAAGUAAAAGAUUUUGGGAAAUGAUGGUUCCUCAUUAAACAAACACUGUAACCGUAGGAAUGCAUAUCUGUAUUCCUAACACUACAGUCUUUGUGUGCCUACUUAGUUCAGUCACCCCGUGUUAAAAAUAUUAUUAAUAAAUGAAAAUAAGUCACCUUCUCUCCAGCGCCCUGUAUCCCUCAGCACUGCCUCCUCCCCGUGUGAUGACAGUCAAAUCCAAUGCUUCUCUUAUUGGUUACCAUAAGUGCAUGCAUGGCACUCUCUGCGAUGUCUAUAUUUCUGCCGUAGAGAAUUAUUGAAUACAUUGACUCUCUAUGGCAUACUGUGCAUAUGUGCAAGAUGUCACGGUAUGAGAGCCAGAAAGUAAGUGCUGGCUAUCAUAUCUGAAGGGCUUGAAUGUGUGGCUUGAAGCUGUGUUUCCAAGUCCAAUUAUUAAAAUAAAGAGUUUUGGGGUUAGGACUGAAGGCACUAUAUAAACUUUAGUUAAAAUUAAGUUUUUAUAAUGCCUGUAGUGUUCCUUUAAGCAAUGUGAACAGGUGACAUCAAUAAGCUCCCCACCAUAAAAAGUAUAGAUUUGAUCCCAAUGGUCCCUAUUAUUCUGUUACAGCUGGAGUGUAACAGGUCUAAAACGGAAUUGAAGAGUUGAUCGUAGCACCAUGGUCACUCCAGGGAUUUGAAGUGGUCAUGGUGCUUUCAGGCUUUCUCCUAAAGAAAUACUGAUUGAUUCUGAUAGUAGUGUAACUCUUUCCCUGACAUCACCAUGAGUACGUGGUUAGCCAGCCUGGAAACAAGAUAUCUGGGUUGGCUAAUGUCAAUUCUCUGCAUAUGUUUGCACAGACACUCAUUUAUUGUCUGAGAGUGCUCAGCUGACGAUCUCAGCCAGUCACUGAGUGACAGGAUUGGCAGAAGCUGGAUGUCAUUAAACCUGCUGCAGAGGAGGUUCGGCUAUCAGUGGUGACUCAUAUAAGAGGACAAACUGCUGCAAAAAGGUUUGCUCCAUUACAUGGGAACGGUUCCAGAGUACUCCUGGCAUAAUAUUUACCAAAGUAGGCAUGCUGGUACUUAAAUUAUCUUAAACUUUUUCAGAGAGAGGAAAAAGAAUGUCCCCACCCAGGCAGCUUAUUUUUCUGAUUCGUUUAAAAAUACUUUUUUCUUUCUUUCAGUACUACAAUAAAAAACUGUUUACAUUUACAUACUGGAAUAAAUAAUUUAUUUUAUUCAAUCUACAAAACAAAAUAAAAAUAGUAGACACUCAUAUACCCUUCUUCACUCAUGCAUUUACCUGUUUCCCCCCUCUCUUUCUUUCCCCUUUGCUCCCAAUGAAAUCCUUGUCAUUUACUUUUAUAUUUUCUGUUCAGUGUUGAUAAUAUUCUGCCAGAGAAUUGUGUGUCAUAAUGCAGAGGAAAAAGAUUGAUAAUCGCAUCCGGGUGCUCAUUGAGAAUGGCGUCAGUGAAAAACACAGGAACUUGUUUGUGAUUGUUGGAGACCAUGGAAAAGAUCAGGUGAGGAAACACAACACAGGAGCUCGAUACAUAUUGAAUGUCAUGUGUGAGGAUUUAACAUUGUGACACUGCAGACCAUGGUCUAUAUGCUGUUAAGGGAAAAGACAGAUGCUGAAAAGUUCUAAUAAUCUGGAGAAAUCAUCAGUGGUUUGUUUGUUUGCUUUUGUUUAGUUUUCAUUUGCUUCCAUGGUGACUACUCUACUCUAUUUGUGGAAUUUUGCAAUAUUGUUCUUUAUGCUUAAAGGUCACCUGUCACCUCAAAACUAUUUUUUAAAGGGAUUCUUUAGUUCCGUGAAAACAAAGUUGUUUUCCUGGCACUAUAGAACCCUACUGUGCUGCCCCCCUCCCGCGAUGCUGAUGGGGUUAAAACCCCUUAGGUCACUUAAAUGAAUCCAGCGCCAAUAUCCUCAGUGCUGGGUCAGGCUCUGCCCACGAUCCUCCCCUGCCGACGUCAGCGUCAGAUAACGGACCAAAGGUUUGUUUCAAUUCAGGAAGUCCUUCUAGUGGCUCUUGGUAGACAGCCACUAGAGGUGGAGUUAAUCCUCAGAGGUAAUUAUUGCAGUUUCUCAGAACCUGCAAUAAUUACCACUGUAGGGUUAAGGGACAUUGCACAGAGACCACUUCAAUGAGCUGAAGUGGUCUGGGUGCCUACAGUGUCCAAUUAAUAUAAUUCAUCAAGUUUUGAUAGGAAAUAUUUGGGUUUUUUUUUUUUUGGUUUUUUUUUGGGGGGGGGACACUAUAGUCACCCAGACCAGGUCUGGGUGCAGUGUACCUUAAUCCUACAGUGGUAAUUAUUGCAGUUCCUGAGAAACUGCAAUAAUUCCCUCUGAGGGUUAACUCCAUCUCUAGUAGCUGUCUACCGAGAUGCAAUAGAGGAACUUGAAUUGAAACAGAUUUUUGGUCCGUUACCCUUUUCCCCCACGCUGGAAAGAGUUGAGUGAAUAAAAUGGGUUUUAACCCUUUAUUCACCAGUACCAGGGACGGACCUUUAGUUAAUUUCAGAGGGACACUAUAGUGUUAGGAAUGCAGAUUUGUAAAAUAAAUAAAAGUAAUGAGAAACGCACCCCAACCCGUAGUAAUGACAGGAUUCUUCAGGCAGAUACAUCUUGGCUCGCAUAGUGUCUGAAAGCCGACUGUUAUGGAAUUAUUCAUUAAAGGGAGAAUUUCACAUUAAAGGUCAGAGUAGCCGAACUGAGAGCCUAACUGACUUGGGGACCUGGUCGUAAAAUGAAUUGGUUGGUAAGUGAGGCGCAUGUGCACCAGUGCAGGUCUAUAUUCGGGGAAAUUUCUCUGAACGUAUACAUAUGCACCAGAGCAGGAAAUCCCUCUAAUCUAUGUGCGGGGAAAAUUCCACAAACAUAGACCAGCUCUCUAACGUGGGGAAUCCUUGAAUCCUCACGCUAGAAAGUGUAAGCCGUCGCAAAGUGAAGACCACCUGUACAUGGCUGGAGGAUCCUGUCGUACACUAAAGGUAGUGAUGAGUUUUUCUUAUAUAUAAUUAAACUAUUUCCUUUCAAAACUUGAUGAAAUGAUCAUUUAUAUUAAAAGUGAGGCGACAGUUGUCCUUUAACUGUCACUGUCUCUAACAGGCAACUGUGUUUUUGCAAUAAGCUUAGAAACAUAGAAACAUCAUCCAUAAUCAUUUAUAGGCUAACAAUGGGAGACCUGUGGAAAUGAAACUUUGUUGCUAUUUUCAUGAGAGAUUUCACAGGCUACCUUUUGUGGUAGUGGUGUUGUGUUAUCUAUUGAUAUCUAAAAUACUUGUUAUUCAGAAUAUGCCACUUCACGGUUAUGUCGUUUUGUUUUUCCUGUUAUGUGACCAUUGUUACCAUUUGAUAUACCACAGUGAUUAUGGGAUGUUAUUUCUGUUUGCGUAUCAACUCUUAAACAGACUUUCAGUCACAAAUAAAACUAGUUAUUAAACUGUGUCCGAUCCCCAGUUUCCAUUUUAGCAUCAUACGAAAGGCAGAUCACUUUUCUGAAGAGAAAAAAAAAAAAAAAAAGGUCUGGAAAUGCUUAUUACUUGUGAGCUGAAUGUGAUAAAUGCAUUCUAUUGAUAAUUCAUACAAAAAGAUACAUUAUAAACAUGGCAUGUUUGAAGGCUCAACUUCUGCUGUAAAUACCAUGGCUUAAUGCAACAAGCUCUGCCCAUAACUGUAAGUGGUUAAAGUAAUUGGACGGUUCCAGCGUAUUUUGAUGGGAUGUGGAUAUAUAACUUACAGACACAUUCUCAGCACCAUGACCACUGUAUUCAUUGUAGGAGUUAUGGUACAAGCAGAUUCAGACAUUGUCCAUUGAUUCUAUGUCAAAAAAAAAUUUCUAGCACAAACUUAAGGUCUCCCGGCUGCCCAUGACUUGUCUUUCACUUAUCACAUUGUCAAUGCAGAAGUUACACGUCCACAUUAGCAAAGUCCAUUUCAUCCAAAUUUUAAAUGGCAUUAAUUGUGUUCAAGCAUCAGCUGAGGCACUCAGUCUGUACGAUCCCCUUGGCUUGGUUGGUUUGCAUUUGUUCUCGCUGUGGAAAGAACGUAAGAUUCAUCCUAAUGGAAUUCUUGGACAUCUUGCUGUGUAGAACCCCCAGUAUUUUGUUCAAAAUUGCGGAGAUGGGAUUAUUCUGCAUAUGGAUUAUUUGUUAUUAAAUGGACACUAUUGAGUCACCCAUACCACUUCAGCUUAAUGGUGUGGUCUGGGUCCCAGGUCCCCCAGGUUUUAACCCUUCAGAUGUAAACAUAGUUUCAGAGAAACUGCUAUGUUUACAUUGCAGGGUUAAUCCAGCCUCUGGUGGCUGUCUUUCUGACAACCGCUAGAGGCGCUUCUGCAACGCUGGGUGCGAAAAUCGCAUUCAACGUGCAGAAUGUCCAUAGGAAAGCAUUGAGAAAUUGUUUGAAUGCCGUGCAUGCGCAUUCCGCUCCACCCAGAACCAGACGUCGGCAUGGGAGGAGAGGUCACCAGCGCUGGAUAAAGGUAAGUGGCUGAAGGGGUUUUAACCUGAGGGUGGGGUGUACCUAAGAGUUAUAUAAUGUCAGGAAAAUGAGUUUGUUUUCCUGACACUAUAGUGAUCCUUUAAUUAUAUUUUCGAUUACUUCUUGAUCUCUUUGGAAUUGGUGAUAUUAAUGACAGAUGAACCUUCAUUGUUUUAAAACUCUCUCGUCAGGUGGUCAUUCUCCAUCACAUGCUGUCUAAAGCCACCAUUCGUGCUCGUCCGUCCGUACUUUGGUGUUACAAGAAAGAACUGGGCUUCAGCAGGUAACUAUUCACUUAGUAUCUUUUUUUAUUACCAACUGAUAAUGCUCAGGAGUUGUUAGAAUAGAUGGAGCUGGAACCAGUCUCUCUAGUGUUUCUAACUGAUUUUCCACAUUUUGUAGUCACCGAAAGAAACAGAUGAGAAAGCUUCAGAAGAGGAUAAAAAGUGGUUUGCUCAACGUGAAGGAAGAUGACCCUUUUGAGCUCUUCAUUGCAUCCACCAACAUCCGUUAUUGUUACUACAAUGAGACCCAUAAAAUUCUGGGAAAUACAUAUGGCAUGUGCGUCCUACAGGUGAGCAUGAAAUUCUGGAGCAUGUAAUAGAUCACCUGGAUUGCAAGGAAUGGGGCUUUGCAAGGUCAGCGCAUGCAAGAGACAGCUCAACUAAUAUUCUGCUUUGUGUUCGUAUUCGGUGCUGGUAAGUGGGAGCCUUCCUAAUGUCAUUAAGAGAGGACUGUAGUUUCAGGUGGAUCCACAAGUUCCUAAGUAAUGUAGAUCACAGCAAUAUUUCUAUAAUUUGUGUCUGAUUAUUCUUCUAGUCUAAAAACAAACAGGGCAAACAAAGUCAGUUUACUGGUUUAGAUCUGUCUUACAUGGUUAUGUUUUUGAUUAAUUCUACUGUUUUGUGGCUAUUGAUACAUCCUGAAAGAAUAAGAAAUAGGGAGGAAAGCUCUGUGUAAGGUAAUUAAAGGGACACUCUAAGCACACCUUAAGGUAAGAAUCCAUUGUUUGUAACCAAUUUGGCACUUACCUGUGUCUCGUGUGUGUGCCCCUCUUCAGAUAUCAUUUAAGCAGAAAUUCCUUCUUCCACAUUCAUAUCAAUUCUGUUUGUGUUUUUUGACGGAGAGCAUGAGCGGACUCUCUCGUCCAGUGAAUUCUAUCCAAAUUUAGUCCUUCUGCUCUGCAAAUAAAUAUGGGUUGCACCAGUGGACCCUUAUAACUAAGUGGCGAUUGUCAAAUUGUAUAAAAAUGGGUUGACUCGUACCUAGGUGAUGGCGCUAGAGGACUCCUGGCAUCGUAACCACUACAGCACAAUAUUUAUUUAGUUUUCGUUUUGUGAUUAGGACAAAACACGUCAGUCAGUGCUUGUCUGUUUUAUGUACAUCCCUUGCAUAGUUACCUUUUAUUUUACAUGUAAAACCUAAAUAAAACAAAAAUUGUUAAAUUUUAUAUUAAAUGAAACAGAAACUUCAAAGUUGUCAGCUAAACUACUAACCUGCUAAUGGUUCCUUUUUAGUUUAUUUAUUGUAUUGAAAGUAAACCGUAUCUGGCCUUUCUUACAUAAAUGUUUUUCAUAAAUCCAGUUUGUUGCUUGUAUUUAACAUGCACUUGGUAUGUAAUAUCCAGUUAAGGUUGUAAUUCAUUUAUAUGGCAAUUCUCAUGCUCCGUCUGAACCGGUGGUGCAUGCUGCAAGAGUAGUAAUGGAAAAAGCAAAAAAAAUAUAAAAAAAUUAACUUCAAGUAUUAUGAAAGUGUUUCAAGUAUAGAAAAUUAGGAUUCUUCAACGGCCUUUACUUCCCAUUGCUGGAACUAAUUACGUAGACUAUGACGUCUGUACUGUGAAUGCUCUUUGAAUAAAUUUGGGCAGCAAUAGUGUGCCCCUAUAACUAAUCUGCACUUUGUGGAUGGAUAUUUUGGGUUGCUAUAUUUUGUUUGCGGUUGGGGCUAUUGGUAUUGUGCUAUACCACACUUCUACAUCAUAGUUUUAAAAUAGUAGAUGCAUAGGGGCACAGUCUGUGUUGGUCUGUGCAAUUGUACCCAUAGUUUAUUCACCAGGUGUGUGUGUUUGUUCUUUUUUUUUUUUGCUCUAUUGUCAGGAUUUUGAGGCGCUGACUCCCAAUUUACUGGCUCGGACGGUAGAGACAGUAGAAGGUGGGGGGAUUGUAGUGAUUCUCCUUCGCACAAUGAGUUCUUUGAAGCAGCUGUACACAAUGACUAUGGUAAGUAUGGAGAGAGAGCGCAGAACAAUAUGUUGCACACCUGUGUGUAAAUUAUUGAGUUAA